UAGGCGAUAACAAAAUAGUUAAGCAGUAAUUGGUCUCCCCUGGAGUUGCUCCGUGUCCGUGCUAAUAAUGUCUUUUUAUCUUUCAAUUCCGAUCGCUGUGGAUUCUUCGUCGUCUUUGACGGUGACGCAGAUGGCGCUUUUCAAAUCUCUGGAGCAGAAGCACCACCGUCAUUUCGUAAGAGGCAGAGUCAGUGUUAUUAGACCACUUCAUCGCCGCCUCAACUCCGUUACGCCUCUGCGGUGCUCUUCCUCCGGCGACGACGCCACCAUUACUCUCCACGUUGGGGGAAUGAUGUGCGAGGGAUGUGCAAAUAGCGUCAAAAAAAUUAUAGAAAGCCGACCACAAGUGCUAUCUGCUCAUGUAAAUUUGACAUCCGAGACAGCAACCGUUUCCCCUGUGCCUGAACAAAAAACUGCACCAGAUGGCCUAAAGCAAUUGGGGGAGGAACUUGCGCAGCAUUUAACUACAUGUGGUUUUACUUCUACCCUUCGAGAUCAAGAAGAUAGCAGCUGAAGGAGUUCUAUUUCAUCAUAUAAAUGCAAAAGAGUGGUUAUCUGGAGUCCAUGAUGGCGAAUCCACAACCCCAACAAACAUCAGGACAACUUCCGGAUUGUCACGCUGGAAGGACAAUAAACAAUUUGGAGAUCCACAUGGCUAGAAAGGAUCGAACAUUUGAGCAAUCCAAAAUAAGACCUUUCCACUGCUAUCAAACUGUAGCUUUCAAGAUAAUUGCCAUUUGUUUUAUUUGGGCUGCAAAAUUGAUUUUCAGACCAUGUAUGUCAUGCUAACUUGCAUCAGAUGUGAGUGUGGUACACUUAAAGUUGUGAUCCCCCUUCUGCA